UACGGCGAGCAUACGCGGCGAAUACGGCGCGCGAGUGUCCGGCGGCGGUGGCGGCGGACACGGUCUCGACACCGGACAGCCGCGGACGCCCGUAACACCGCAACAGUUCGCGAACGCGAUGACUGCCGUCCGAUCGUGUUUCGCCGCCGCAGUCCUGUCGCUCGUCAUCACGUACGGCCCGUACCACUCGGGCGCCGACGACACCGUAACCGCCACCAAGGUCCUGUUCUCGGCGUGCUGCACCAGUCCGAACGACGGUAAAGCCGCUUGUCGCAUCGGGAACCGGACGUUCCACAGGAUCGAGACGAUCGGUGACGGGUCGUGCGCGAACUGGUCGACGGCCGAGGUGGUGCCCGUCAGCAAGUGCUGCGCGCCCGAGUGGACGUACGACCCGGACAUACGUUUUUGCCGGCCACCAGCGGCCGCGGGUGGUGACGAGGCGGUCCCCUUGGCGUUCCGGCGGCUGCUGCAGCGGCUGUAUCGGUUGGCGCCAGACGAUAACGGCACGACGACGACGGUGGGUUACGAUUACGAUUCGCCCAAGUGCGGGGCCACAGAAGUGCUGGUCGACUUGACCGCCGACGAGGUGGAACUGUUGCCGCGGGACGGGUGGCCACCGCCGGACCAUUGUUUCGACCUCUCGUGGUCGGCGGACGGCGGUGGCCAGCAGCGGCUCGUGGCCAGGACGUGCCGGCCCCGCGACCAAUACUGCAGCGGCGGCGGUUACACGUGCGCCAACAAAUGCUGCCGCGGCGACAGGAUGAUCGGCGGAAAGUCAUGCGUGAAAAGCAAAGUGCCAUUCCUGUCGCCGAUCUACGAAGUGGCGACCGACGGUGGAAGCGGCAAUGCUAACGCGUUGGUGCGGUCGAAUGGCACGCGGCUGCUGCCGUAUUACGAACGUCUGGGCUGCAAAGGCCGGGACAAGCUGGACGGACCCACGUUCAAGCUGUUCAUCAACGGCACCCUAUUCCGGUCGGCCACAGUCGACUUCGUGCCGGCCACGCAGUACUGCCUGGAGUACCGUGAGCCGUCCGACCGACCCGGUGUCUACAUGCUGGAGGCGUAUGUAUGCCUGGCCGACGACGUCCGCAGCGUCCACGACGGUACCGCAGACGGGGCCGCGCUCUCGGACGAGGACACCCAGGGCAGCUGGAAGUACGUGAUCAUGCUGGCAGGUUUCGUACCGUCCAUCGUGUGCCUGGCUCUGACACUGCUCGUCUACGCCAUGCUGUCCAACCUGCGCAACGUGCACGGCUACUACGUCAUGUGCUACGUGGCCUGUCUACUCAUGUCGUUCGUUUGCCUGCUGGUCAUCCAGUGGAUGACCGACAUCAUCGACUCCAUCCUGUGCAAACUGUUCGGUUAUAUCACACUGUUUGCAUUUCUCACAACAUUUUGCUGGUUAAACGUAAUAUGCUUCGAUAUCUACUGGAUGUUGAGGUACAACAAUUCAAUUAAUAAACAUUCAUCAAUAUCAAUACGGACCAUAAUAUACAAUAUAUACUGUUGGGGAUUCUCAAGUAUCUGCAUAGUUAUUGCGUUUUUAUUUCAACAUUCUCAAAACGCCGUAUUAAUCAAAUUUGCACCAAAUAUUGGAACCAAUAGCUGCUGGUUUUCUACGACUGAUUAUGGUACUAUAAUUUUCUUCUUGUUACCCGUGUCUACCAUGUUAAUUGCCAAUUUGAUUUUGUUCGUGCUAACUGCAAUACAUUGUUCAAGAAUUAAAUCGGAACUCAAUAAAUUCAAACGGUCCGAUUCGAAAACACAACGUUUUAUAGUCGACAAAGAAAAAUUUGUGAUGAGUAUAAAACUGUUUCUUGUCAUGGGGAUCCCGUGGUCGUUCGAAAUACUGUCCAGAAUUUUCCACAACAAGUGGAUUAUAUGGUACAUUCUAGAUGAAAUCAACGCGCUACAAGGUGUGAUGAUAUUUGCUAUAUUUGUUGCCAAGCGCCAAGUCAUUAUGAGCUUACGGAAAAAAUUCACCAGUGCUUUGGAUCACAUCAUGGGCGUGUGCAGACCUGUAUUUCAGGGAUGCGUACAAUACUUUUGGACCCUAUAUUAACAAAACGUUUAGGUGUGUGUAGAUAGUUUUUUUUAAAUCAUCAACACAAUACUUGUAGUAAAUAUGAAAAUAAUGGGAUUUAUAGACUUGUACUAAAUUUGUGAUACAACUAGUUUUAAACUUUUAUCUCGUUGACGACAUAUGUAUAACAAUAUCCUUAAUUUACUUCUAACUACUUCAAAUAGCGUUAUAAAUAUUCAGGUAAGAAAAUAUAUUAUAAUAGUUACAAAUAUAUACAUAAAUGUAUAUAUUUUUUGCUUGAUGUAAAAAAAAUCAACGGCAUAUUAACAUUUAUCGAUGAAAUGGAUCGAAUAUAUAAUUAUAGAACUCGCAUCUCUAAUACGCAGCAGCAUAUUUUAACUUAACGCGCAUAUUAUUAUACUAUAUAUUUGAUUUAGUAUUUAGUUUAUUUUAUAAACCAUACUCACAUAAUUUAUUGUUUGUUUUAUUUAUCAUUGUUAUUUUUUUUUCCAAUCUAGUUAAAUAUUGUAAGCAUUAUACAAAUCGUUUUUGAAUCUUAGAAGUUGUUGUUUUUACUAUUUUAAAUUGUGUCAAACAUAAAAUUGAUAAUGUACUUAUAGAAUGGUAUUACGUAAAAUAGUGAAAUCGUUAUUCAAUAAUUUAUGUUACGAAAAUCAAACUAAACAUAACUCUUUAAAAACCGUUGAAUAAUAGAUAAUAAAUUACUACUGUUACACAUACAAAUAUUUGUAGACUGAGAGCUAAGCGUUUAUAGUUUGCUAGGACACCUAUUGUGAUUGUAGACCGCACAGAUUAAAGAUAAAGCAAUAAUUUCAAACAUAUAAUAUUAUAUUAUAGGUAAUUAUAUUUUUGAAUUAUUAAGAUUUGAAUUGUAUUAAUACACUGAUUGCUAAAAUUAA